AUGAAGCAGAAAAAAUAUCAUUUAAAAAUCGCCAUUUAUGGGUAUGAUGUGGCAACUACCGAAUUAGCCACCCACAUGGUUAUUAAAAAGAUUUCCCAACUUAAAUUAAAUUUUGGUCUAGUUUCACUACCAACCAAGGAAAAAAAAAUCACGGUUUUAGUUUCUCCUCAUAAACACAAGAAAGCACAAAAAAAAAUCGAGCAGGAAACUCACAAAAAGGCAAUUUUCAUUGCCGAUAUUUCCUCCACCGAUUUAGAAGACUUAUUUCCAAUUCGGAACUUUUGUCGAUUAGUGGCAAAGGUUCUUUUAGUGACUCGCCUUGCUUGUCCUGAACGUGAACGAUUAUUUCCAACUAAUGGGAAUAAAUUGCGACUAGAAAAGUUGCUUCAAAAAAAAGAGGAGAAAAAACUAAGCGAGAAAGAAAGGAGUUUAAACUUAGCUAAUAGUAAAUUAGUUGCCAGCAUUGAAAAACUUAAAUCGUUGGAAAGGAAAUUAGAGCAAGAAGAAAAAAGGAUAAACAGCCGUGCCGACCAAUUACUCCGGAAGGAAGAAUUAUUUAUUCAGCAACUUUCAUUAGUUUCGCAAAAAGAAAAAAAAGUUCAUUCCGAAAUGGAAAAAAUGGAGAAGAUGGAAGAGAGAUUAAUAAAUGAAUUAGGAAAGAUAAUUCCCAUGAAUAGCGAGGAGGCUAAAAAAAAUCUUUUCGCUCUGUUGCGGGAAAAAGUAGACCAAGACUUAGAAAAAUACAAGGAACAAAAGUUUAGAAAGAUAACCGAAGAAGUUAAAGAAGAAGGAAAUAAAUUAAUUUGUUCAGCUUUGGAAAAUUGCAGUUCUGAGUUAGUUUUCCCCCGCACCACUAACACCUUACAAGUAGAAAAUCGACAAAUUAUUAGUAAAAUAAUUGGCCGAGAGGGAAGAAAUAUUAAUGCUUUUCGGAGAAUUACCGGAACAGAAGUGAUUAUUGAUAAAGAAAGUGAUGACUUAACUAUUCAGAUUUCUUCUUUUAAUUCUUUGCGGCGCGAAAUAGCCUAUCAAACUUUAAUUUCCCUAAUCAAAGAGAAAAAAUUUUCUCCGGAACAAAUCGAAAAAACCUACCACCAAAUGAGUUCAAGAAUCGAUGAACUUAUUACUGAAAACGGCAAAAAAGCACUAAGGGAGUUAGAAAUUACCGGAGUUCACCCCGAAUUAAUUAAGCAUUUGGGCAAACUAAAAUACCGCACUAGUUAUGGGCAAAAUGUUUUACAACAUUGUUUAGAAGUAGCCAAACUAACUGGAAAUAUUGCUGCUGAAUUAGGCUUAGAUGUUAUUUUAGCCCGACGGGUUGGUCUUUUUCAUGAUAUCGGAAAAUCAAUUGAAGACAAUGGGGGUUAUUCCCAUGUAAUAAAUGGGGUUAAUUUGGCUAAAAAAUACAAAGAACCGGGAGCCGUUAUUAAUGCAAUCGCUUCUCAUCACCAUGACUUUCCGGCGGACAAUUUUUAUUCCUUAAUUAUUUUAGCAACUGAUAGACUAUCCGCUGCCCGACCUGGCGCUCGUGGUUAUCAGUUAGAGGCUUACAUUGAAAGAAUGGGCGAAUUGGAAAAAAUUGCUAGCCAAUUCCCGGGCAUUAAAAAAAUAAUUGCCGAUGCUGAAAAACUUAACGAUUAUCAAACUUGGGAAAUUUCGCGAAAAAUCAAGGAGAGAAUUAAGGAGAGUGUGGUUAUUCCGGGUGAAGUAACCAUUUACGUUGUUCGAGAAAAAAAAUUCAUUCAGAAACUAAAUGAUGGAAAAAUUCGAGAAAAUACUUAUCCCGAAUUGAUUGGGCAAACUAUUUCAAGAGAAAGCAGGCAGAUUUCCGGACAAAAAUUAAACCAGAGAAAGAAGAAAAAGGUCAAGAAAAAAACCAAGGGGUAG